UUUAGCGAUCUUCUCUUGACGCCGUGUAAAAAGGAAAAAAAAACCUAGGAAUCCAUUAGUUGAGUGAAAAAUGACAACAGUUCCAGGGCAACUAGUAUGGGAAAUCGUGAAGAAAAACAACUCCUUUUUGGUUAAGGAGUUUGGUAAUUCUACUGCUGGUGUUGUCUUCAGUAAAGAACCUAACAAUCUCUACAACCUUCACUCUUACAAACACUCUGGCCUAGCAAACAAGAAAACUGUGACUAUCCAACCUGAGGGAAAAGAUAAAUCUGUGUUGCUUGCUACAUCAAAGACCAAGAAGCAGAAUAAGCCUUCGACUUUGCUGAACAAAUCUGUGAUGAAGAAGGAAUUCAACAGAAUGGCCAAGGCUGUAACAAAUCAGGUUGCAGACAACUAUUACAGGCCAGAUCUGAAGAAGGCAGCCCUUGCAAGGUUGAGUGCUGUGAACAGGAGUCUCAAGGUCACCAAGUCAGGUGCCAAGAAGAGGAACAGACAGGCUUAAGAGAUUAUGCUAGGAAAUGCUACAGUGUAUGACUUGUAAUGCAUGGGCUGUUUUUAGUACUAAAAUUUUGCGUUUUGACUUUAUCUUUGUUUCUUUCUGAAGUAGCUAUGGGCAAGGGCAAUGUCCCUAGUAUUGUGCUAAAAUUGACAUCCUUUAUCAGAGUUUUGAAAGAUUAUCUACAUAAAUUUUUGGUGA